AUGUCAGACACACAUGUUGACCAUGACACCCACGGUGACCCCGCCACCUCCUCUGAUCCCCUCAACGCGGCACAGGCCCUUUCAACCUUCCCACUCACCGGAACAACCGAUCAGACCAAGAACACGGGCGACACUGAUGGUGUCGCGGGAAAAGCAGACAUCAUCAACAGUGGAACAGACAGAGUGACAUUGCACUCAGUCUGUGGUUUUGAGGUUUUUUUGAGCGACCACGUCUUUGACACCCGCCAACUCUGGAACUUGUCCUUGCCGCUCGUCAACUGGCCGGAACUCCUACCCAAAGAUUGUAACGCCAUCAUGCUUGCUGUAAUAAGAGGCGAUGGGUCAUCUUUGGUCUUUACCAGCAGACCGGCCCACAUUCAGAUGACCAAUGAAGUUGUACAUUCAUCAGACUUCCGUGUGACAGUGAAAGCGACUCUCUCAGACAGUGGCCGUCAGGUGUCAAUUGGAGUGCGCAGAUUCAAUACCCAUGAGGUUAACUUUGGCACUUACUUAGGGGUCGCCAAGAGCUACCUUCAUGUGGCUACCAAUUUGAAUCGGUUUUGA